ACUUCUCAUCCGGCCCAGCCAACAUGAGUUUCACGGUAGACCACCACCUCUUCGGCCCGACUUCGUACCGCAAGGCUCGGCCUGCCGCCGUGUCCUCCAGCGGCUUUCACUCCCAGCGCCGCCGCCUCAACUACAGCCAGCCACCCUCCGUGGACGGCUUGGACACCUUCAAUGGCGACAUGACACGGAGGAACGAGAAGGAGAUUCUGCAGACUCUGAACGACCGGUUCGCCGGCUACAUCGACAAGGUGCGCAACCUGGAGAUGCACAACCGCAACUUGGAGGCGGAAGCGGCAGCUCUGCGGCAAAGCCAGGCGGGGCGCGCCUCCGUUGGGGAGCACUACGAGCGAGAGCUGGGCGACCUGAGGGGUCUCCUGCAGCAGCUGACCGGGGAGAAGACACGUGCAACUCUGGAGCACGAACACCUGGAGGAAGACAUCCAGCACCUGCGGGUCAAGAUGGAUGAUGAGGCGCGCAACCGGGAAGAGGUGGAGGCUGCCGCGCGCACCAUGAAAAAGUACGUCGAUGAGUGCCGGCUGGCGCGGAUGGAGCUGGACAAGAAGCUGUGUGCCCUGGAGGAGGAGGCUGUUUUCCUGAAGAAGAACCACGAGGAAGAAGUGGCGGAGCUCCUCGAGCAGAUUCAUGGCGCGCAGGUGAGCUUCGACAUGCGAGACGCUCUCAAGACGGACGUCACCGGCGCACUGCGAGAGAUCCGCGCGCAGCUGGACGGUCACGCAUCCAAGAGCUCAACUCACGCGGAGGAAUGGUUCAACGUGCGUAUGGAGCGUCUGUCUGAAGCCGCUAGGUCCAACCAAGGUGCAAUUCGUGGAAGCCAGGAGGAGAUCAUAGACUACCGCCGUCAGCUCCAGAGCCGCACGAUUGAGCUGGAGACCCUUCGGGGAACCAAGGAUUCACUGGAGAGGCAGUGUAUGGAAAAUGAAGACAGACACCACGAUGACCUCAACUCCCUACAGGAGACCAUCAACCAGCUGGACAAUGAGCUGAAAACCACCAAAUGGGAGAUGGCCAGCCAGCUGAAAGAAUAUCAGGCACUGCUGAAUGUGAAGAUGGCUUUAGAUAUUGAGAUUGCUGCUUAUAGGAAGUUACUGGAGGGAGAGGAGAAUCGCUUUUUGUCAGGAGGAGGUCCGUACUCUUACCUGGAGAGCAGAAUCUCUUCCCACUUGAAAGUGAAAGGAGAGGAGAUCUCAGAUACAGUCAUAGUGGAGGAACAGACAGAUGAGACCCAGGUGACAGAGGUGACAGAGGAUGCAGAUGAAGAGGACGAGGAGGAAGAGAAAGAAGAAGAAGAGGAAGAGGAAGAAGAAGAAGGCGAGGAAACCAAAGAAGAAGAGGAAGAAGUUGAGGAAGGAGAAGAUAAGGAGGAGGAAGGAGAGGGAGAGGGAGAAGAAGAGAAGGAGGAAGAAAAGGGAGAGGAGAAGGAUGAGGAGACAGUUCAGGAGGGAGAGGAGAAGGGUGAGGAAGAAGAUGCAGGUGAGGAAGAGAAAUCCAAAUCUCCAGCAAAGGCUGCGUCCCCUCUGCCUAAAUCUCCUGCUGUCAAAUCACCCGUCUCUAAAUCCCCACCAAAAUCCCCAGCAGCCAAAUCCCCGAUGCCCAAAUCACCGGCUAAGUCACCUGUGUCAAAGUCUCCAGCAGGAGAUGAGUCAAAGUCCCCUGUGUCAAAGUCCCCGGUGGGAGAUGAGUCAAAGUCCCCUGUGUCAAAGUCUCCAGCAGGAGAUGAGUCAAAGUCCCCUGUGUCAAAGUCCCCGGUGGGAGAUGAGUCAAAGUCCCCUGUGUCAAAAUCUCCAGCAGGAGAUGAGUCAAAGUCACCUGUGUCAAAGUCUCCAGCAGGAGAUGAGUCAAAGUCCCCUGUGUCAAAGUCUCCAGCAGGAGAUGAGUCAAAGUCACUUGUGUCAAAGUCCCCUGUGUCAAAGUCCCCGGUGGGAGAUGAGUCAAAGUCACUUGUGUCAAAGUCCCCUGUGUCAAAGUCCCCGGCAGGAGAUGAGUCAAAGUCCCCACCCAGUAAAUCCCCUGAAUCUAAAUCUCCUCGUCCCAAGACCCCUGAACCAAAGUCACCAGAGAAAGAGAAGGCCCAGCCUGCCGCUGCCAAAGACACACCUAAAGAGGAGCAAAAAGAGGAGAAGCCUCAGCCUGUCAAAGAGGAGAAGAAGGAGAAAGAACAACCUGUGAAGGAGGAGAAGAAAGAGCCCAAGGAUAAAGAGCCAGAGAAGGCAGACAAAGCUGAUACAAAGAAAGAGAGCAAGGAAGAUGAAGUGCCAAAGAUGGAUGAUGCUUCGAAACCAGCUGCUCCCAGCAAGCCCUCAGAGGACAAACCAGCCCCCAAGUCUGAGCCUAAAGAGAGUGCUCUCCUUGCCAAGGAGGAGAAACCCUCUGCUCCUAAGUCAGAGAAGGCCGAGCCAGAGCCGAAGCCUGCCGCUAAGGCAGAGCCCGGAAAAACAGAGGACAAGAAGGAGGAGAAGAAUCCAGAGGAGAAGUCUGCACCUAAAAGUGAACCUGAGAAAACUGAGAGCAAGAAAGAUGAGAAGAAGCCAGAGGCAACAAAGGAAGCAAGCAAAGAAGAGAGUAAGGAGGUAAAGGAGGAAGGGAAGGCAGAGAAAUCUUCUGGCACAGAGUCAAAGGAGAGCAAGGAAGAGAAGGCCAAGAAGUGAGACUGACAAGGCACGAAGAGGUGGAGAUGCCAAAGAACUAUGGAGGAGGAGGGGAGGAUGAGGAGCAGGAGAAAGGGGCUGGAUAUACCCAGCUGCUCAGACAGCGCUUUAAUGUCCAAAGCAAAGCAGGUGACGGUAUGUGAGCAAUAGUGAUUUCUGUAGCAAAUAACCCGUGGUCCCUAAGUAUGGCCAUUACACACCCCUGAUGCUUCUGAUGUAUGACUGUAGUGAAUGCAGAAUGCUCUUAACUCUUUACCUGAAUGUGACAACUGCCCUUAAUGAAUAACAAGUGCAUUUAAAAUGAAUCCCGCUGACAGGGACUGCUACACACGCCUUCAAGGGUACAGAUGUCAAAAUAAUGUCAGGCUAAAGAUUGUGACAGAUAUUGAAUAUAAAAACGUAUAUUUAAGGAGAUACAAAUGUCUAUAUAUUAUAUUUACAGAUACAUCAGAAAGACAGACUUGAAUUUUGCUUGUUGUGCACCUUAAUGCAGCUUUUCCCGACAGGUGAACUGCAGCGUCUCACUCUUUUGGUCUGCAAUGCUAGGACAAUGAUGAAUAUGUGUUAUGUAUAAACUGCUGAGAAUAUGCAAUAUGAAACAGAUAAAUAAAGAAUGAAAAAU